AUGUUACAAAAUUUAUAGGUAGAGGGUAGAGAAAUUAGUCAGGAUUACUCAUAUGAAUGGGUAAUGGGUAAUGCUGAUUUAAUAAGCAUUGAAAAAGGAAUACCAAUAGGUGAGUUUAGUGAAUAAAUUCAGAAUCGAGAUUAAGAAAUGGAAUUCAGAGUAAAGAAUAUUUUAUAAAGGCUAUUAGAUUUUGAGACGUCUUACAGAAACAUAGUAUCACAAUGAUAACCUUUAUGAUUUCCAUCCAGAUAUUCUUAAGUUAAACAGAUAUAACAACAUCAUUCCUUGUAUCAAAAUAAUGUUAUUAUAGUUAAACAUUCUGUAGUUAAAUUGAAAUGUGAUGAAGAAGAGAACUAAAAGGAAUCAUAUAUAAAUGCUGAUUACAUAAAUGUAAAGUAAUGAAUAAAGAUUUUAGUUAAUAAAUGGAAAAGAGAAAAUGAUGAUUGCCACAUAAGGUCCAGUAAGUUAAACAAUAGGACAUUUUUGGAGGAUGGUUUCUUAAGAAAGUGUGUCAAUGAUAGUAAUGCUUUGUAAUUUAAAAGAAAAUGGAAAGGUAAUUGAGACAUUGAAUUUAUUAAAGGUGUAAUGUGAGUAAUACUGGCCUAAAAAUAUUGGAGAUAGUUUACUUAUUGGAAAUAUUACUAUAAAUUUCGUUAGUCAAGAUGAUUUAGGAAAUAAUAUAAUAAAAAGGACUUUAAAAAUGCAAGAACAAAAUGGAGAAGAAAAAUAAGUAACUCAUUUACAAUGGUGUGGAUGGCCAGAUUAAGGAGUUCCAAAUCAUAAUGAUUUUAAUACAAUAAAGGAAUUGCUAAAUUAAAUUUUGGAGAGAGUAUAGAAUGAUUAAAAGGUUGUAUUUCAUUGCAGGUAAUUAUUAUAUUCUUUAAUUUAACAAUUAUAGUGCUGGUAUAGGAAGAACAGGAACAUUGAUAUCCUUAGUAAAUUUGAUGAUUAUAUUGACAACAUAUUAAUCUUAUGUAGGAAAUGAUAUUACAAGUAAAAUAAUAUAAAUAAAAGUAAGAAAUAUUUGAGAAUCCAGAUUAAUUUCGUAUUUCUAUUUUUGGAGUAGUACGAAGAUUAAGAGAAUAACGAUGGGGAAUGGUACAUACAUCAGAAUAAUAUCAAUAUGUAUACAAAUUUAUUGAUGAAGCUAUAAAAUAUAUGUUUUAAUAACAGUAAUGA